CCUGCUCCUCUGAUGCAAAGCAUAAACAUGCUGUUCCUGGGCAAAGGACGAGGACUGCGUCGCCUCAGCUUGAUGCACUUUUCCGGCCAGUGGACCUUGUUGGAGAAGCAGGAGUUUGAGGCGGAUAUGCGGAUCAUCAAGGACUUUGUCAGCGAGCAUGAGGAGCUGGGCCUGAUCCAGGAAAUAGAGCCACAUCUCAAACGUUUGCCCUACGAGUCCAGCCAUUGGGAUGAUGCCAUCCAUGGUUAUCGGGAGUCGGAGCGGAGAGACUGGUCCUUGGCCAACCGCAGUGUUUUGGCUAGGAUCUCUGGUAGCGCCUUCAAGGGGAAGGUAAUGCCCCAUGUUCACAUUUUGGACUUGGCUGAGGAGGGCGUCAUAAAGCCGCAUGUGGACAGUGUUAGGUUCUGUGGUGAUACCAUUGCGGGUCUUAGCCUGCUCAGCGACUGUGUCAUGAGGUUGGUUAAGGUUUCCGCUAAGGAGUCUGAGCGCAGGGUAGCGGAUCUGCUCCUGCCACGUCGCUCGCUGUAUGUAAUGAGCCAGGUGGCACGUUACCAGUUCACGCAUGAGGUUCUGGCCGGAGAUGAAUCGUGGUUUGAAAAUGAUCGAGUGGUAAAAAGGCGACGCCUCUCAGUCAUUUGUCGCAAUGAGCCCUGAGGAGGGAUCCUAAGAAGGAUGUUAUACAGCAAAUAAUACUGUAACACACAUGAUUUGUUGUUGCAAGCUCUUGGGUUCUGAGCCAGGGAAAAUGAGGAAAAUUCGAUUUAAAGCGGCUGUGGAAAAACGCUGGGAUUGCGAAUAAGAGUUAUGAAAAAGUAAGAAUUGAUAAAUAACUUUCAUUUUUAAACUCUUAUUUGGGAUCCCUGGUAAAAAAGUUAUUCAAAAUAUUCAUUCGAAACCCAAGGCCUGUACAAAUAUACAUAUUUAUAUAUACAA